AUGACAGAUUUUUCUAAAAAUAAACCUGUAACACAAUGGUCGGAUCCAUUAUAUUCCGCGACUAGACCAAAAAUUUUCAAAAGCGUUUUUGACAUUAUGAGCCCAUAUAUCUUGGGUGAAUUGCGUUCUUCAAAUUCGCAAAACCGUUUCAUCGGUGUAUUGCUACUUUUCAUAAUAACGAUUUUGUGUUCUUAUCCAAUAUGCACGGUAGCACAAACGAGAACAUUUUCAUAUCACGAAAAAUUCGGUUAUGGACCAGAAUCACAACCUCUCAUUUGGAAACAAAGCGUGUACGAAGAUGGUAUGAUUGUAUUGAGGGUCGCCAGAAGAAAUCAUGCCUUAACUGAUGGGAUCUGUUUUUUAGAAAUGCUUUCCUUGAGAAUCAUUCAUCCUAAUGGCACAGUCGAUGAGUUGGAUAUCAAUUUAAAAAUUCAAUCAUUUAAUUAUUGUAAAAGGGGUAAUGCCGAAUAUUUGGAUUUUUAUUUGAUUAUUAAUGAUCAAAUUUUAGUCACUUAUCAUAAUGCAACAGAUCCUAACGAUGAAAACACAUAUGAAGAAUGGGGAAUGAUCAUUGAUUUCGAUGGUAACGUUAAAAGUAAAAUAUCACUUGGAUUCAAAUAUGUUGAAGAAAAUGUAAAAUAUAAUUUCAAGGCUCUUUCAGAACUUAAACCAAGUAGGGAAAUACUAAUAAAUAAUAAGAGAGAUGGGUUCCUCAGAAUUGCCGUCAUUAAAGGAUCAAGAAAUACGGGAUGGAAACAAUUUAAGGUUGGACUUAACGGAAUAAUUACUGGAUUAACUGAUGGAAUAAUUGAAUCCGAGAACUUUUCAAACUUAUUGUAUGAUAUUAUUACUACAUACGAAGGUUAUGCUAUCGUCUUUGCAAAUACAACAGCAGCAACGGUCCCAUUGUCGCCUCGAUUGGAAUUAUUCGUCAUUUUCAUAAGUGAUCAUAAAAUGGCGCACGCUUCUUUGUUACUUUAUCAGAAUCAAUUGCCAAACCUAACAUUGAACUCCCUUUUUUGCGAUAUUUAUUACAUAAGGACCGGAUAUCAAUGUAUUUUAACGAUAAAUCAACAAGACCCUUCUGGAUCAAAUUUAGAAAAUUUAUUUGACGUUAAGAUAAAUUUCCUAUCUUCUGGUUCAAUCCCUUCACUCACGACAAUCAAACGUUCCUCAGAAGUUAAUGCAACUCAGAAUUGGGACGUCAUGUUUUUACCAUUCGGUGGUUAUAUUCUCACGAAUGCAAAUGAACGUUCGGAUGAUAUUAUAUAUCACAUACUCGACGAAAAUGGUACAAAAAGUAGCACUUUCAUGGAAUCAAAGUCAGCAAAUGAAAACCCUUCAGCAAUUAUAUUACUUAACAAUACUCUCCUGAUCCCUAAAACGGAAUCCAACAAUACUUGGGCAUUAACAUGUGUUGAUUUGCCUAAACUUUCUGCCGGUAAAGAUAAUGGAUAUUAUAAUGUAAACGUGCGGUCGACAUUCCCGGAAAUUAAUGCUUCAGUAAAUUCAGAUAUACCGAAUGUCGUAAUUGAUUUUUAUGAUCCGGUAGAAUUAUCGGAUGGAAGAUUGUUGAUAUAUCAAUUAUCUAAUGAGGAAAAAAUAUUACGCCAAAUAACUCUUGGACGAAACUGUUCAUUAACUGAUGAUAAAAGUGUUAUUGUAGAGAUAUUUAACACUACCUUUGAUGAAGGGAUUUAUUUUAUAGAAAUGGAUACAAAUUUCGUUAUAUCUUAUGCUUAUAAAGAACCUUUAUUAGGCAUUCAUGAAAACGUUUGGCAUUUUAAUGUUGAAAAGAUAAAGAAAGAGUAUGACAUCACGACAUCAACAACGGGUUUGCUUAGAUUAACCACAAGAGGAACAAAAAGAUUUACAAACUUAUCAGAAAGUGAACGAGAACAAUUUUUAAAUAAUUUGUUAGUUGAAUUGGCCGAUACAUGUCUAAUAUCGCAAGAUCGUUUGAAAAUAGAUAAGGUUGCUCAAGUUGUUACAAAUGAACAACAAAUAAUUUCUAUAAGAAUUGAAGAAAAUAAAGAAAAAGAUGAAAAGGAUGUCGUUUCUAUAAUAAAUGAACUUAAUUUUACUAUUACACAUAAAUUUCGAACUCAUAUUGGACAAGGUCAAUUUACCAAAGCCAUAGAGCAAACUUAUGGUUUCAUACCUGCACGGAAUCUAUGGCAAGAAUAUAAAUGGAAAUUCAUAGCUAUGAUUUUGGCCAUCAUAUUAUUGCUUGUUCUUUCAACGCUUGCCUAUAUAAAAGAAAAAAAGGGUAAUAAAUUUGCCAUUUUUCAACUCGGUCUAUUUAUCUUAGACCUGGUUAUGGACGUUCUCUUUGUAACAUAUAACGCCGACAAUUUUCCAGAGCUUAAAACUCCAAGUCCAGAAUUUAAUCGAUGGUUUACGGAUAAUCGAAAAGUUGCAAGUAUUUUCACCAUAUUGUCAGGAGCUGAUGUUGAAGUAUUAAACAUAUUGCAAUCAAAUAUAGCGGGUCUGAAAUUUUUUCAGGCUCCCUUUUCCAAUUCAGCUAAAACAAAAAUAUUUUGGAUCUCUUGCUUAAAUAUCAUUGCUGAAGAUAUACCUCAAUUAAUUAUACAGGCAUUUUAUAAAUUUUUAAAUUAUAAUGAUGCAAUUAUUAAUAAUAUCUUGUAUAGACAAAGGGCAAGCAAAACGCUCACAUAUGAAGACGAUAUUAUUCCCAUGUUGACUUUAACCUCCACGACAUUAAACCUUACAAUUAAUGUCAUAGGACGUUUAUAUCAAAUAACAAUUUCUAUGCUACAUACAAACCAAAUCUUACCUAUUCGUAAUAUCAACAACAAUAGAAAUUUAGAAAUGGUACAAGGAGAUAAUGAUACUUGA